UCAUUAUGAAGAGAGAUCUGGUUUUCUUGGUGACUCUAAUUAGCCUUGCCUUCCUGUCACUGCUAAGGUCUGGAUAUCCUCAACAUAUUGCAGAGGAGUCCUGCUCUGUUCAGAUUCUUGUUCCAGGCCUCAAAGGGGAAGCUGGAGAAAAGGGGGAGAAAGGUGCUCCAGGUCGUCCAGGCAGAGUUGGGCCUCCAGGAGAAAAAGGAGAAAUGGGGGACAAAGGACAGAAAGGCAGCAUGGGACGGCAUGGAAAAAUUGGUCCUAUUGGUUCAAAAGGUGAAAAAGGAGAUAAUGGUGACAUAGGACCACCAGGUCCUAAUGGUGACCCAGGCAUCCCCUGUGAGUGCAGCCAGCUAAGGAAGGCUAUUGGUGAAAUGGAUAUCCAAGUGGCCCAGCUGACAACAGAACUAAAAUUCAUAAAAAAUGCUGUUGCUGGUGUGCGUGAGACAGAUAAUAAGAUCUACCUGCUGGUGAAGGAGGAGAAGCGAUACAAGGAAGCCCAGCUCUACUGCCACGGAAGGGGAGGGACGCUGAGCAUGCCCAAGGACGAGACUGCCAACAACCUGAUCGCCUCGUACAUCAACCAAGCCGGGCUCACCAGAGUGUUCAUUGGGAUUAAUGACCUAGAGAAAGAGGGAAAUUUUGUCUAUUCUGACCGAUCGCCCAUGCAGACCUUCAACAAGUGGCGCAGUGGAGAGCCCAACAACGCUUAUGACGAGGAGGACUGUGUGGAGAUGGUGGCAUCGGGAGGGUGGAAUGAUGUCGCAUGUCACAUUACCAUGUAUUUCGUGUGUGAGUUUGACAAAGAAAAUGUGUAAGCUUGUCUGCUCUUUCUUUAUCUUAAGGAAAGUUUUUA